CUUUAAGUAAAAUAAAAUUUUCUGGCGCUGAUAAUCUCCUUUCACAAGCGCUGUUCGGUACUCUUAGCGUUGAGGACAUGCUAUUUCACAACACACUCGAGUAAAUUACUAGUUUUCCACAGCUUAAUUGCUUUCACGUUGAAAACCAAGCGUGAAUCGCUUAAAAUUGAGAAAGGUCUCAUGAACGCGUAGAAGGUUUGGAAGGAUUAUCAUCUUAACUGAGCAAGUAAAUUGCGUUUUUCCUUCUGCAACAUGGAAGCCUGUACUGCGGACGGAACUUUCCAUAAAUUCCUCGCAGAGAUCAAGGAACUCAAAAUCGACGACAAACUCGCCGAAGCGCUCAAUAACUCGUCAAAGCCCACAAAUCCCGGGGAAACCUCAGCCCAAAUCGCAGCUCAGAAACUCAACAAAUGCCUCAGCACGCUUCUUUCGUGCGAAUUCAGAACAUUCGACACCCUGCGACGCGUCAGGGACCAACACCGACGUCACGGCGCCUCGCCGCCGUCACUCGGCGGCAAAAGCGACGUUGACGCCAACAAUGCCCGCGCCAUCGGCAACCAACUCUAUGCUCAACGUCGGUUCCGAGACGCCAUAGAAAUGUAUGGCAAAGGCUUGCGGCUCUCUGUGUCGACAGCGUCACUGGCACUGACGUUCGCGUCACGGUCCGCGGCGUUUUUCGAGCAACGUCGGUACGAGGAUUGCUUGCGGGACAUAGACAGGGCUAUCGAUCACGGGUACCCCGACACCAAGCGAUAUCGACUCGACGAAAGACGCGCCAAAUGUCUGACGCUGCUAGGGACUGGAAUUUCUGCAAACAACGACCCGUUUCUUUUGCGACAGCAACAAGCCCCACCCGACGGGUUCGUUGGUGCCGCCUGGAUCGGCGACAAACCUAAUUUGUCGCAUGGCAGAAACGCACGUUACCCUCAAAUGGGAGACUGUCUCCGUGUUGUGGCCGACAGCGGCGGUGCGGGAAGGCGAAUUAUCGCAGCCAAGGACAUAAUUCCAGGACAGAUCCUGGUCGUUGACGAUCCAUACGUGUCCUGUUUGGAAUCCAAGGCUGAAGGAACCCAUUGUCAUCAAUGCUUUGAAUAUAGCGACUCCAUGAUUCCCUGCCACAAUUGUUCAACCGUUAUGUUCUGCUCGGAGCAGUGCAGAACAGCAGCGGAAACGUACCACAAGCGAGAGUGCCCCAUUUUGCAUUUCCUCCAAUUCGACCAGAGCCUCCCCGUGCGGAACGACGUGUUCAGACUGUUUUCCUCGCGUUCUCUCGACUAUUUCCUCCACAACGAGUCCCAGGUGCGUUCAGCAAUCCAAGACGUGCACAUUGGACGUCUUCGUGGCCCUGUGCCACCCUGCGACCCAGACUGCCUCGCCAAUUUCUUCGCACUCACGAACCACAUCGAAGCGGCCGACUCCAACUCGCUCUUCAAGUCGGCCUGCCUGGGGGUCUACUUGACGCAUUGUCUGGAACUGACUGACUUUUUCCUCGGCGACGACGUGGCGAGCUACGACAGGAUCAGGUUCUAUAUUGCACAGCUGAUUGUGUCCGCGUCGCUGGUCCUUGCGACCAAUAGCUACUUGGUCAAGGAGGUGAGGCUGAAUGUCAAGAACGCGUGGGAGUCAGACUCGGAGGGUGUUGCGUCCGCCUGCUAUCCAGUCACGAGUUAUUUCAACCACGCGUGCUUCCCCAACGCUGUUCGCGAUUAUUGCCGCAAAGCCAUGGUCAUCAUGUCCGUGAUGGAGAUCCCGGCGGGUACGGAAGUGACUGUGCUUUACGGCUACCAUUUCACGAAAUUCCCGAAAGCUGACAGACAAGUAUAUCUUAGAGACAACUACAACUUUGAUUGCAAGUGCGUCGCAUGUGACGGAGACUGGCCCGUGUUGGAGGAGACCGAGACAAGGGAAUUCGAUUGUGCUCGUUUAUGCCAAAAAUGCAACGCAACUUUGAGCAAUGAAGAGAUGGAAUCGAGCGUGAAUUGCAAAGAAUGCGGGGCCGAGUUGGACGAGACAGCUCGUGAGCUCGCAAUGCGAUGGCGAGACGUGAUGCAAAUCGUUAACGGCGCAAGAGAAUCCUCGGCCGUCGGCGCCGGAGACACGGACACCUGCAGCAAAGCGUACUGGAAACGAGCCAUUGAAGUUUUAAAA